AUGCAUUGUACUAUUGUGAGCAAAGUAGUUUUUCUACUGCUGAUUAUUGCGAUUAUUGUUACAUCUGAAGAUUGUUUACCACUUUCUAACUUUCCCAUCGCUCAACCAAAUUGGUUCAAUUGUCCUGUUCUAUCAAAUGGAAUUGAAACAAGCAAUAAUGUUCAUGCUCAAUAUAUGUUUGUCAAUGUACCUAUUGAUUUGAUUAUAACUACAAAUUUAACAACUUGUACAGAAACAAUAAAAAUCUUUAUCAAACGAUAUUUCAUAAAUGGAAGUGAAAAUAUAGGAGAUGGUGGUAUACCAAUAUCGACUUUAAAAUCAGAAGCUAUUCGUGUUGUAUCUAAAUAUAAUGGUGCUAUAACAAUAUAUGCGAUGGAUAAACGUGGUGUUGGUAAAAGUGAUCUAUUAGAAUAUCCAAUAUCAAUAUUAUUAAACUUUUCAUCUUGUUUAUCAUAUAUAAAAGAGCAUGAAUAUCGUUUAAAACAUGAUGCAUUUACAAAUAUGGGACGUGAUCUACAAUAUGUAUUAAACGUUGUUUCUAAUCGUCAACAUUUAAAAUCAAAUCAACGUGUCAUGUCAAUGGGUUCAAGUCAAGAAACUUAUCUUUUACAACGAUAUCUUCAUUUAAUAGAAAAUGAAAAACAAAUUGAUGGUGUUAUACUUGAUUCUGUUGUUCCAACAGAUUUUAUUGACCUUGUUAAAUAUGAUAAAUAUGUUAAUUACAUGUUUUUAGAUUUAUUUGUACGAUGUGCACAAGAUAAAGAAGGCUGUGCAAAUAAAUUUGAGGAUCAAAAUCCAUUACAGGCUGCCUAUACUUAUAAAAUUAAUGACGAAAUUCAGAGAAAUUUAUCUUGUCUUUCAUCCUUAAAAACAACUAGUACUAAAAUCUGUAUAAAAGUGUGA